AUGUAUUUGAGAGGAGCAGCCGACGUCCUGCUAGGAUUGUCAAUAUACGUCGCCGCCGUGGAUGCUGCUUCAAGCUUCAAAGCAGAAGUUUUGUAUCCCCAGGACGUAUCCCUCACAGUCUACCAGAACGAUGCCAUCAUAGUCCGGUAUAACUCCGAGAUCCCAGACAAUUCCCUUUACACCUGGUGCUGGGACAACGAGAAGGUUCCCACAUUGAGUAGCCAGCGGGAAGAGAGCAACAGCCUCGACAUUCAACCUCGGUGCUUCAACUACCAGCUCCUCGACGAGCUCUUCCUCAACCACAUCCUCUUCAUCAUCAUCAUCGGAGGUAACCUCCUCGCCGUCCACGACUACUUCUAG